AGGAACUUGAAAAAACUUUACAAGAUUCUAUGCCCAAUAGUUCUGGUGGAGAAUUGGUUUGAUAAGAAAGAAGAUUAUAAAGCUUGUUCUCUGCUUCAGAGUUUCAAUAUUAGGAUAUUCAAUUUUCAGGAAGGAUGUACUCUUGCCCAUGUUUACAUUUGAUGGAGCUUGGUUAACAUUGUUGGCCUUUAUUACUUUAUAAGACUUUUUCCUCUCACCUCAAUUGCUAAUUUUUGUUGCUGUGGGGAGGCUCAGAUUCAGCAAUGCCUUCUUUGCAACUCUUGCAGUUAACUGAGCAUGGUCGAAAUCUCCUGGCUGCGAGGAGAAAAACACUACUGCUUGCCACUGGUGUUUUGGUGGUUGGUGGCACAGCUGCUUAUGUGCAAUCACGAUUCAAUGGUAAAAAGUCCGAUUCCUUGGGUCAUUACAAUGGGAUUAGAGAUAAUGAAGAAAAUUCGAACAAGGGAGUUACAAAUAAUGAUAAUGUAAAGAAAAGCAGACAAAAGAAGGGAGGGUUAAAGUCCCUUCAGAUUCUAGCAGGAAUUCUUCUAUCUAAGAUGGGCCAAGUUGGUGCAAGAAAUCUCUUGGCUCUGGUGGCCAUAGCGGUAUUGAGAACUGGUUUAAGCAAUAGAUUGGCAAAAGUGCAAGGUUUCCUAUUCCGUGCUGCUUUUCUUCGACGUGCACCAUUAUUUUUCAGGCUAAUAUCCGAAAAUAUUCUAUUGUGCUUUCUUUUGUCAACAAUUCAUUCUACAUCAAAAUAUAUCACAGGGACUCUAAGUUUGCGGUUCAGAAAAAUAUUGACAAAGCUUAUUCAUGCACAUUAUUUUGAGAAUAUGGCAUAUUACAAAAUAUCACAUGUUGAUGGUCGGAUUAGAAAUCCUGAACAAAGAAUUGCAAGUGAUGUCCCAAGGUUUUGUUCAGAGCUGAGCGAAAUUGUACAGGAUGAUUUGACAGCAGUUACUGAUGGUCUGCUCUAUACUUGGCGCCUUUGUUCUUAUGCCAGCCCAAAAUAUGUUUUAUGGAUAUUGGCCUAUGUAUUGGGGGCAGGGACUGCAAUAAGAAACUUCACUCCUGCUUUUGGGAAACUAAUGUCUAAAGAACAGCAGUUGGAAGGAGAAUAUAGACAGCUUCAUUCACGGUUAAGAACCCAUGCAGAAAGUAUAGCAUUUUAUGGUGGAGAAAGUAGAGAAGAAUCUCAUAUUCAACAGAAGUUUAAGACACUAAUUAAGCACAUGAGAAUAGUCCUUCACGACCAUUGGUGGUUUGGCAUGAUUCAAGACUUUUUAUUGAAGUAUCUGGGUGCUACAGUUGCUGUUGUUUUGAUUAUUGAGCCUUUCUUUGCUGGCCAUCUGAGACCUGACACUUCAACACUAGGACGGGCAGAGAUGUUAAGCAAUUUAAGAUACCAUACCAGUGUAAUAAUUUCACUGUUUCAGGCCCUAGGAACCCUUUCUAUCAGUUCAAGACGGCUAAAUCGUUUAAGUGGUUAUGCUGACCGCAUUCAUGAGUUAAUGGUUAUAUCAAGAGAGCUAAGUGCUGAUGAUAAAUCAUCCUUGCAAAGAAAUGGAAGCAGGAAUUAUUUUAGUGAAGCUAAUUACAUUGAGUUUUCUGGUGUCAAGGUUGUUACUCCAAGUGGCAAUGUCUUGGUGGAGGAUCUCAGUCUGCGGGUUGAACCAGGAUCUAAUCUUUUGAUUACAGGUCCAAAUGGUAGUGGGAAGAGCUCUCUUUUCCGGGUUUUAGGAGGCCUUUGGCCGCUGGUGUCAGGCCAUAUCGUGAAACCUGGAGUUGGUUCUGAUCUUAAUAAGGAGAUUUUCUAUGUGCCACAAAGACCUUAUACAGCUGUAGGAACACUACGUGACCAGUUAAUUUAUCCUCUUACCGUGUAUCAGGAGGUUGAACCACUUACACAUGGUGGAAUGGUGGAGCUGUUAAAAAAUGUUGACCUUGAGUACCUACUAGAUCGUUACCCGUCUGAAGAAGAGGUCAAUUGGGGUGAUGAACUCUCCUUGGGGGAACAACAGAGAUUAGGGAUGGCCAGACUGUUUUAUCAUAAGCCUAAAUUUGCAAUUCUAGAUGAGUGCACGAGUGCUGUGACAACUGACAUGGAGGAACGCUUUUGUGCUAAAGUUAGAGCUCUGGGUACCUCAUGCAUAACCAUAUCGCAUCGUCCAGCACUGGUUGCAUUUCAUGAUGUGGUUUUAUCCUUGGAUGGAGAAGGAAGAUGGAGUGUCCAUCACACAAGGGAUGAUUCUCCAGUACAAACUGAAACUGAGAUAAAUUUUAUGAAGCCCUCAGAGUCAGACCGCCAAAGUGAUGCAAUAGCAGUUCAACGAGCAUUUGCUGCUGCUAAAAAGGACUCGGCAUUUGCAAAGUCAAAGGUGCAAUCAUACAUACCAAAGGUGAUAGCAUCAUCGCCCUCUGUAGAUAAAAGUGUUACAUUACCUGUUGUUCCUCAACUUCAGAAUGUACCAAGAGUAUUGCCAUUGAGAGUGGCUGCCAUGUUUAAAGUACUGGUACCAACAGUGUUUGACAAACAAGGGGCUCAAUUACUUACAGUAGCUUUUCUUGUCAUUUCAAGAACAUGGAUAUCGGAUAGGAUUGCUACAUUGAAUGGAACAACUGUAAAGUAUGUGUUGCAGCAGGAUAAGGCAUCCUUUAUUCGAUUAAUUGGUGUCAGUGUUCUUCAAAGUGCUGCGUCUUCUUUCGUUGCACCUUCAUUAAGGCACUUGACAGCUAGGUUGGCCCUUGGGUGGAGGAUUCGGUUGACUCAACAUUUAUUGAAGAACUACUUGAGAAACAAUGCAUUUUACAAGGUCUUCCACAUGUCAAGCAAAAAUAUUGAUGCUGAUCAGCGAAUAACUCAAGAUUUGGAAAAGCUAACAACUGAUUUGUCAGGGCUGGUGACUGGAAUGGUAAAGCCAUCUGUUGAUAUUGUGUGGUUCACCUGGAGAAUGAAGAUGUUAACUGGUCGGAGGGGAGUUGCCAUUUUGUAUGCAUAUAUGUUACUUGGUCUGGGUUUUCUGAGGACUGUUGCCCCUGACUUUGGUGACUUGACAAGUCGAGAACAACAACUUGAAGGAACAUUUAGGUUCAUGCAUGAAAGAUUGUGUAGUCAUGCAGAAUCUAUUGCUUUCUUUGGAGGGGGUGCUCGAGAAAAAGCUAUGGUUGAAUCAAAAUUUAAGGAGCUUCUUGAGCACUCUUUGUUGCUAUUGAAGAAGAAAUGGCUAUUUGGCAUAUUGGAUGAUUUUGUCACGAAGCAGCUUCCACAUAAUGUCACUUGGGGUUUGAGCUUGCUGUAUGCCUUGGAACACAAGGGUGACCGAGCCUUGGUUUCUACUCAAGGUGAUCUGGCACAUGCAUUGCGCUUCCUUGCAUCUGUGGUGUCUCAAAGCUUUUUAGCCUUUGGUGAUAUCUUGGAAUUGCAUAGAAAGUUCCUUGAGCUCUCUGGCAGCAUCAACAGGAUUUUUGAGCUUGAAGAGUUUCUUGAUGCUGCUCAGACUGGCGAUUUGAGGGCUGUUAAUAUGUCAAAGUCAAGAGAUCUUUACUCUGAAGAUGGCAUUUCCUUCUCUAAAGUGGAUAUAAUUACCCCAGCUCAGAAACUGUUGGCUAGGCAGUUGACCUGUCAUGUUGUACCAGAGAAAAGCCUGCUUGUUACUGGUCCAAACGGGAGUGGGAAAAGUUCUGUGUUCAGGGUCCUUCGAGGUCUCUGGCCCAUUGUGAGUGGAAGUCUUUCAAAACCAUCCCAACAUAUUGAUGAAGAGGCCAGAUUGGGUGGUGGCAUCUUCUAUGUUCCUCAACGGCCAUAUACAUGCUUAGGAACUUUAAGGGAUCAGAUUAUAUAUCCUCUCUCUCAUCAGGAAGCAGAGCUGAAAGUAUUGAAGUUGUAUGGAAAAGGAAAACCAUCUGCUGACAUUCUGGACACACAUUUGAAAACUAUUCUUGAAAAUGUUCGAUUAAGUUAUCUUUUAGAAAGAGAGGAAGGUGGUUGGGAUGCUGAUCUAAAAUGGGAAGAUAUCCUUUCUCUAGGAGAACAGCAGAGAUUAGGCAUGGCUCGCUUAUUCUUCCACAAACCGAAAUUUGGCAUCCUUGACGAGUGCACAAAUGCAACGAGUGUUGAUGUUGAGGAACAGCUUUAUAAGCUUGCCAAAGAUAAGGGCAUAACAUUUAUUACCUCAUCACAGCGCCCUGCUUUAAUACCAUUCCAUUCUUUGGAAUUACGGCUUGUUGAUGGCGAGGGCAACUGGGAGCUUCGUUCAAUUGGGCAAUGAACUAGUUGGCUGCAGUGUAUGUAGCUUCCAGUUUGUGUCAUGGGAGAGGGCAUAGCUUCUUAAACACCAAUCAAAGUUAAAUUUAGACUUUGCCCGUGUGGAUUUGAAGACUUAAUUGAUAUAACGGAUAUAAACAUUAUCAAUCCGUGAGUAACAACAAAAUAUUUACCUUCGCAAGAGGGAUUUGAUUACUGCUAGCAGUAUAUUUGCUCACCGCCUCGCCUAAGGGUCAAAGAGAGAAGCCGUGAGUAACAUUGAUUAUUGUAGAAACUUAGUUUGGAGUGUUAUUAAACAACAGUCAAGCAUUUCAUAGUAUCUAGUAUAAAGAAAUGUUAUGUACAGACUUUUGUCUUUUUUAUUUAUAUUUAUAUUUUUUUUGUCCCUAAAGUACCCGUUUUCUUGGGUGGGCUUACAUGAAUCUAUCGACCAUAUAUGUUGUAAGAAUUUGAUUCCUACUUAUUCCAAUUUGUCCCAUUAAUAAAAUAAAAGAAUAAUG